UGACCAUGAGGGCCUUCUGCAAUGUCGUGGGGCUGCUCCUGUCCUUCCAGGCAGCCCUGGGGGUGAGCGAGCUGAGGUGGUGCACCAUCUCUGACCCGGAGCAGGAGAAGUGUGUGGCCAUGGCAGCGGCCUUCAGGGAGGCCACCAUCCAGCCGCCCCUCAGCUGCGUCCUGGGGACCUCAGCUGAUCACUGCAUCUACCUCAUCAAGACCAACGAGGCAGAUGCCAUCACACUAGACGGGGGAGCCAUUUAUGAGGCUGGGAAGUACCAUAACCUGAAGCCCGUGGUGGGUGAAAUGUAUGAUCAAGAGGCUGGCACUUCCUACUACGCCGUGGCUGUGGUCAGAAGGAACUCCUCUCUGAACAUUGACAACUUGCAAGGGGUGAGAUCCUGCCACACGGGUAUCAACCGUACCGUAGGCUGGAACGUGCCCGUGGGCUACCUGGUGGAGAGCGGCCGCCUCUCGGUGAUGGCCUGCGACGUACUGAAAGCGGUCAGCAGCUACUUUGGGGGCAGCUGUGUCCCGGGAGCCGAGACCAGUUAUGCGGACUCCCUUUGCAGGCUCUGCAGGGGCGACGCUGCCGGGGAGGGAAGGUGUACCAAGAGCCCUCUGGAGAGGUACUAUGAUUACAGUGGAGCCUUCAGGUGCCUGGCAGAUGGAGCAGGAGAUGUGGCGUUUGUGAAGCACAGCACAGUUCUGGAGAACACAGAUGGGAAAACCCUGAGCUCAUGGGGAAGGCCACUGCUGUCCCGUGACUUUCAGCUGCUGUGCAGGGAUGGCAGCCAGGCAGAAGUCACCCAGUGGAGGCACUGCCACUUGGCCCGGGUGCCUGCACACGCUGUGGUUGUCAGGGCCGACAUGGAUGGGGCCCUCAUCUUCCAGAUGCUGAACGAGGGCCAGAUGAAGUUCAACCAGGAAGGAGCCAGCUUCCAGAUGUUUGACUCAGAGACCUUCCAGCAGAAAAACCUCUUGUUCAAGGACUCCACCAUAGAGCUGGUGCCCAUUGCCACACAGACCUAUGAAGCCUGGCUGGGCAAUGAGUACCUCCAUGCCAUGAUGGGCCUGUUCUGCGACCCCAACAGGCUCCCUAGCUACCUCCGAUGGUGUGUGCUUUCCACGCUGGAGAUCCAGAAGUGUGGGGACAUGGCUGUAGCCUUCAGCCGGAAGCAGCUGAAACCUGAAGUCCAGUGCAUCUCAGGCGAGUCAGCCAGACACUGCAUGGAGCAGAUCAAGGCCAAGGAAGCCGAUGUCAUCACUCUGAGUGGAGAUGAUAUUUACACAGCCGGGCAGACCUAUGGCCUCGUGCCAGCUGCGGGAGAGAGCUACCAGGCAGAUAACACGAAGGACACGUACUAUGCUGUGGCCGUGGUCAAGAGGAACAGCUCCUACGCCUUCACCAUCGAUGAGCUCAAGGGCAAGCGCUCCUGUCACUCUGGCUACGGCAUCGCGUCCGGCUGGGACAUCCCUGUUGGGGUCCUGGUACAGAGAGGCUUCAUCCAGCCCAAGGGCUGUGACGUCCUCCAAGCUGUGAGUGAAUUCUUCUUGGCCAGCUGUGUGCCCAUGAACAACAUCAAAGACUACCCACCCCAGCUCUGUGAGCUGUGCAUCGGGGAUGACCACGGCCUGAACAAAUGUCAUGGGAACAGCCAGGAGCGUUACUAUGGCUACAGUGGGGCCUUCAGGUGCCUGGCUGAGGGUGCUGGAGACGUGGCCUUCGUUAAGCACUCCACCGUCUUUGACAACACCAAUGGCCACAACACCGAGGACUGGGCAGUUGGCCUGAGGUCUGAAGACUAUGAACUGCUGUGUCCCAAUGGCGCCCGGGCUGAGGUUACCCAGUUUGAGGCCUGCAACCUGGCCCAGGUGCCGGCUCAUGCUGUCAUGGUACAUCCAGACACCAACAUCUUUGCUGUGUACGGGCUGCUGGAUAAAGCACAGGACUUGUUUGGGAAUGACAGCAACAAGAAUGGGUUCAAAAUGUUUGACUCCUCGGAUUACCAUGGCCAAGACCUGCUGUUCAAAGACUCCACUGUCCGAGUGGUGCCCGUGCAGGAGAAGACCUCGUACACAUCUUGGCUGGGCCAGAACUAUGUGGCUUCCCUGCAGGGGCUUCAGUCACUGCAGUGCUCAGGAGCAGUGACUGCUACCCCAGCCCUGCUGCUGCUCCUGCUGCUCUUCCUCGGCUCCCUCCUGAGCCCUGACCUGUGACCUCUCCCCCGGCCCUUCCUCAAGAUGAAAGGAGGCUCAGACCCUCAAAUACACAAGGCCGCUCUUCCUAAUAAAUCCAGUUAACGUUGAUCUGGGAGCAAUCAGAGAACAAUCAUGCCCCAUCACCCCUCUGCUGAGACCUAGGAGCCCAGUCACCACAGAGGGCUUGGGCAAGUAGUUUUAAAACAAGAAUAAAACUUAGUGUUAGCCAUACCUCCUUCCCACAAUUUGAAUUAGAAUGGAAAAGGCCUAGCUGAUGGAAGUGCUGAGAGGUCGGUCCUGCCCAGGGGAAUCGCUCCUGGAGAGCUCAGCCCUCCACUCCAUGUAUCUGCACUCGAGGUGGUUCUUCUGGGAGCAGCCCAGCUGCAACUCCUGGUCUGAUGGAGGGGGGAAGAGAGGUGGGCCAGCACCCAUGAUGAGCCUAGGUUGUCUGGAAUCCAGAAUCCUGCCCAUGUCUAGGGGUGCAGCCUCACAGCACCCUCUCUGCAGACCUCCUCUGGACUGAGAACUGGGGGUGGCCCAGAGCCUGAAGAUGAGGGGGGAGGAGUCCAUAUCCUGCUUUUCAAGGCUUGGGUCUUUCCUCCUUCCUUCCCUCCAUCUUUUCUGCCAGCUUUCACCCCUGUAUCACCUUCCCAUGCCUGGCCCAUGGAAGCCCUCACUCUGGCUUUGGGGCUCCAACGCUGCCCCUGAGUGUUUGCUGCUCCAUUUCAUCUGCAACCCCCACUCUGGGCCCCCAUGGCUGCCCCAACCCAUCACCUGGCCCAGGUGCAAGAUAACUGUCGGCUGCCCCUCUCACUGCCACAUGGCUUUCCUUCCCUUGCCCCCUUGCCUGAUGCACAUCAGUGAGCAUGUCUGCCAUGGUCUUUGGGCAUCUGGCUAAGGAGCAGGGCAGCCCAGAGCAUGUGGUUGGUGCAGGAGCAGAGCUAACAUCCCCACAGAUGCCACUAUCUCAAGCCUGAGGGGCAUCAGUCAACACAGCCCUGAACGAUGGGGCAGGAUUUUUUCACUGAAGCACCAGGGAAUUGGUGGCACUCCCCCACCCUGCAGAACUCCUCCAAGUGGCCUUUUCAUGGAUUGAGGGAGUGGUCAGAGGUGCACACCCAAGGGGCAAUAGCCACUCUUUGCUCUUGCGUCAUGCCCCUGGCCAUGCAGGCCCAGUUGCUCUAACCAAGCACUGAAAUGAAGCUUGGUCUUCUGGCAGUGGUGGAUGACUGGGACCAGAGGAGGUGGGAUGGAGGCAGACUAGGGCUCUCUGAUCCCACAGCUGAGACAGUGGAAAUGUCCUCCAGCCUUCCUCCAGAGCAGCCACAAGAAGCCCCAGGCCUCGUCACAGUCCUCCGCUGCUCCCAACAGUCAGAGGGUUGCACCACCUCCAUCUUAGGCUGCCCACAAGCCACCUUCUUUCUUGUCCAUGGCCCCCUUCCUGCUUAGCGCAGAGCCCAUCUGGGUCCUGCUCCCCUCUCCUGGAUUGGAAAUUUGAUGAAGGUUCUGAAAGAGGCAGGUGUGUGUCUGUGCAGCUUUUGGCUCUCGGGGCCUGAACCCACACUGGCCUUGGCUACAGCUUCAUGUCACCAUGAGGAAUCUGACAAGGCCAAUGAGACCACGUGCCUUAAGUGUACCAAGUGUAAAUGGUACUUGGAGGUGGGUUA